AUGGAGUCUUCAACGACGUCGUUUAAAGACAAUGAAAAGCCGACUGCCGCCUGUCCCACCCGAGGAACUGUAUAUCCUCCACCACCACACUACGGCGGCGGACACCCACCAGCAGGAUACGCUCCGCCCCCGCCAAUGCCGGGAUACGGUGGACAUCUGUCGCCACCACCACCGUACAGCCCGUUUCCACCGCCGUACAACAUUGGGCCCUACACUCCACCUCCACAACCCUACGGUUAUCCACAUCAUCCCCCGCCACCGCCGGCUUAUGGUUAUGCUCCGCCGCCAGGAAAUCGGCCGGCGGGGAAUGCUCCAACGAAGAAAAAGAAGUCAGGGAUGAGUAAAAUUCUCGGAAUGGGAGCGGGGUUGGUCGGAGGGCUUUUGCUCGGCGAAUUGGCGGCGGAUGGUGGGGCGGUGACGCCAUCGUUUGAUUUAUUUUCCGAUCCGACAGGCGGCGGAGGACUGGAUUACGAUGCAAGCAUGCAAUCUAUGUCUGAUAGUAUGGAUUUGCUCGGUACCAUUGGGUGA